AUGAUCACGUUAUCAUUGGGAUCAGGCCACCGUUCCUUUUCAUCAGUAGCCGACCAUACGUUUAUUCAGCACUUCAUUGAUAAUACAGAAGCGAACGAGACAGUGUUGCGAAAUGAUAGCAUAGAACGGGUUGAUGUGGAGGUAGCAUACACGAUUGAUGUGACCUUGUUAUCUUCCUGUAAGCUAUUAAGGGUCAAAAGAUUUUUUAUAUUUAUCGUUUAUGGCAAACAUUCUCGCACUAUGAACAAUUCCGCUUAUUCCGAUUUUUACGCCAGGGCAUUGAUAAAGGGUAUAUCUUAUGAAAUAAACAGUCAAGGAGAAACGAUGAAGCGACCGGCCAGUAGCACGCGAUUUCAAAUUUGCAAUUUACCACCAUUGGAACUGCCCACUGCUGUUGAUAAUUUCGUUUAUGUUCGAAUUACUAACAUUGAAGAUAUGGAGAAAUUCUUCGGCACGCUAGAAAGGAACCGUUUUUUAUUGGAUAAUUUGCAGAAAAUACUCGACGAUGUGAAAUUAGCCAACUGUAAAUCUCUUUUCGAUCCAGCACUUGGAGAAAUUGUUCUUGCAAAGAUUGGUGAAAGAUUUGUUCGUGGAUGUGUUAUGUGCAAAACACAUUUCAUGACAUGUACGACUUAUUUGAUUGAUUCUGGUCACACAAUGGAGAUAGGAUUAGACCAGCUGUAUGUGAUUGAUGAGCAAUUGCUGAAAAUACCUCCACAAGCUUUUCUGAUGUUACUGGAUGUUGAUAUUGAAGAACCACUGAUAUCAAAUGAUGAACUUAACGAAGCAAUUAGCGAUUCUAUUGUAGCUUUCCGCUUGAAACAUGUCUCAGAAAACGGCGAAGCAUUCGUUGGUACAAUGAUAAUACGAAACCAAAAUGGAGAGAUUCAUGACAUAGGGAAUAUAUUGCUAGAAGGUAUUCAGGCAGUCAAUGCUUCUCAUGAAAAUAAUAAAGGUGUCGUUUCUUUUUUUGUUGGUGUAAGCAAUGCUAUUUACCCUGCUUAUACAGGGCAGAUACAAGACGCUGCUGUAUGUUUCAAUCAUGUCUGUGAUUUAUUAUUAUCCGAUAAAGAUGAUCAUUCGGAACAUUCGGAACAUUCGUUUGCCGAGGAUGAACGAUCAGUUAUCUCAUUGUGUUCAAGUGAUAGUGAGAAAGGUGAGAAGACGAAUGAUAGAUGUCCUGAGAAGCAACUGGUUUCAGCUGGGAGUUACUACCGAGCAAUACGUAUUCCAACUGAGAACUCAGGACCGGGUUUAUUUUAUUUGCACUUUUUGAAUAAUCCAGAUGGUUUCGAAGACUUGCAAAUUUACUCCACAUCUUUGUGUGGAAAGUACAACAAUAUUUGGCAUAGAUUGUUGUUGAUACCUAACCUUCAACGCCAUGUCAGAAGUGAUGGGGAAUUUGUACAGGUCAGCAGCAUCGUUGGAUCGGAUGCUGCACUUUUUUGUGGUAGCGAACAAGUGGAUGAGGAAUUGAAAAAUCGAUUAAAAGCAACAUUUGCAUGCCGACUUUCACAUUCCGCCCCAAAACCCUUCAAUAACAAUAGGUAUUCUGAUGAAGCAAAAUUAUAUUUUACCGAAAACUUCAUGACCAAUCAGAUUUUUGAUGUAUAUAUAGCAAAAGUGUCACGCAGAUAUGUUCUUGAAGUUGAAAUUUUUUUGCCGGGAGGAGAGAGUCUUUUCGACAUAUUGUGUAAACUUGAUUUUGCACAACAUCGUUGGACUUGGAAAGUACCAUCAUAUAAUCUUGAGUCAAUAAAUGAAGGAAUAAUCGUUCAGCGUACUGAUGAUGAGGAUGAUGUACACACGACAUUUACUGUACAAAUCGGAAACAAACGAAAUGAUUUAAUUGAGUUUCAAAGGCAUCUAAAACCCGGCGAACAUGUUCUGCGCAAUCCAGAAAUUGGUGAUAUCUGUAUUGUCGAAUGUGAAGGCCAGCUGUUUCGAUGUGAAAUAGUUGAUACGAUUGAUGGGAAGAAAUCUUUUAUCAUAAAUUAUGUUGAUUAUGGCGAAGAGCAGGAAUUAGAUGGAGAUUCUCUCUAUUCUGUUGAUAAUCAAGAAGAAAUAAUCUUUGAAACUCCAGUAUUCGGAAUCAAAUGUCGAUUAGGAGAAAUAGAUCCUGCUGGCAGAGGUUUAGAUGUACGAACAGGUAGUUGGUCGCGUAAAGCGCUCAAAGUAAUCAACAGUGUUGUUCCACUGAACAAGGAAUUUAGAGCAUUUAUUGGUCCAUCUGACUCAAGUGGUGUCCAUCCAAUUCAAAUUGUUGAUAAAACGUUGUCUCACAAUGAUUUAGCUACCACUCUGGUAUUUAAUGAUUUGGCUGUGUACAGGCACUGUAAUUAUUACUCAUCGACGAUAGAUUUAUUGCCAAUGAAAAAUUUUAAGAUCCAAUACCUUAACGUUGAGGAUGGUAUUAUAUAUGGAAUCCCGAGUACUUUUGAAACUUUGCUCAAGGAUUGCCAAAAUUAUUUAGAAAAGGUAUGUAUUUAUGACCUGGAAACUUGUAAGAAAGAUGCAAAAGGUAUCAUUCUAUACAAAAACAAGUAUCGCCGUGUUAUCAAACUGCAUGAAAAAAGCAAGCACUUUGGACAAAUAAAAGAAAAAUAUUUCCUUGUCGAUGAAGGAAAAAUCAUCGAAUUUUACAGGAAUUCGCAAAUAUCUUCCAUGACAAGUUUUUUUGCAUUGAGAGAUGCACAUGCUGCAUUUUUCUUACGCACAUGUCCUGCACUUGCCGUUGGUUUCGUUUUAAGGGGCGAAAAGUUAACAACCAAGCAUGAAGAAUUAUUAAAAAAUAUUUGUUCUGGAAAAGAGAAUGUGUACCUGAAUAAUGAUGUUUAUUCUGUUCGUGACAUAACAUUCACUGAUGGAACAUCUUUGCUGAAUUUGCUAGAUGAUGAUACUGAAUUAUUAGCAAUUGAUGAAUUGCCGCCGAUCAGUAAAUUGUUGUCAGUCGAUAAGGAUAAUUUAUCGAGGGAUCAUAAUCAUUGUGAAAAUGACAGUGUUUGCUGUGAAGAUGUUUUUAGCAAUCUCUCCAUGGAAUAUGAAAUUGAUGAAAGGAAAAUGAACGGUAAGUAUACCCAGUAG